UCCGCCGCACCCAAGGCGGAGACGGCGAGACCCAACCAUUUUCUCUCUUAAACCCUAACCAAAACCCUCUCCUGCUCCUGCCCCCGCUCGCCGCCCGCCACCAUGUCGAUGGCGCUGGCCUCCCUCCGCUUCCUCACGCGCCGGCGCCACCGCCUCCGCCUGCCCGCGCCGUUCGCGGUACCCGGCGACCGCGCGGCAUUCCUCUCCGGCGCGGCCGAGGAGGAGGCCGCUGCGGACGCGCCGCGGCCGCCGCCGCAGCCGGGGCGGAAGGUGCUGGAGAGCUUCCGCGAGGAGUUCGAGAUCGGGGGUCGCACCAUAGCCUUCGAGACCGGCAAGGUGGCGCGUUUCGCGAACGGCUCCGUGGUGAUCUCCAUGGACGACACUCACGUCCUCGCCACCGUCGCCGCCGCCAAGUCCUCCGAGCCCGUCCGGGACUUCCUCCCAUUAACUGUUGAUUAUCAAGAGAAACAAUAUGCUCAAGGUGUUAUUCCCACAACAUAUAUGCGCAGGGAAGGUGCCCCUAAGGAAAGAGAACUUCUGUGUGGGCGUAUAAUUGAUCGACCAAUAAGACCAUUGUUUCCUCCUGGAUUUUACCAUGAAGUUCAGAUCAUGGUAAAUGUUCUUUCCUCAGAUGGAAAGCAAGAUCCAGAUGUGAUGGCUGCAAAUGCCUCUUCAGCUGCACUGAUGCUAUCUGAUAUACCCUGGAAUGGUCCCAUUGGAGUAAUACGUGUUGGGAGAAUUGAUGGAAACUUUGUUUUGAAUCCAACAGUGGAUGAGUUAGGUUUGAGUGAUCUCAAUCUUGUUUAUGCAUGUUCACGAGAUGAAACUUUAAUGAUAGACGUACAAGCUCGUGAAAUAACUGAAAGGGAUCUUAAGGCAGGAAUGAAGCGUGCACAUUCUGAGGCAGUUCAAUGUAUCGACCCUCAAAUCAGAUUGGCCAAGCGAGCUGGCAAAGAGAAGAAAGAAUACAAGAUAUCACUGAUUUCAGAUCAAUCGUAUGAGAAAAUUAGAACAUUAUCAGAAGCACCCAUUGAGGAAGUCUUCACUGAUUCAGCAUAUGGCAAGUUUGAGCGAGGAGAAGCCUUAGAAAAAAUCACACAAUCUGUGAAAGCAAAGCUUGAAGAAGAGAAUGAUGAGGACAGCCUGAAGUUUCUUUCCAAGGCAGUUGACACAGUGAGAAAACAGGUUAUACGUAAAAGAAUAAUUGAGAAGGGACUUAGAGUGGAUGGUAGACAACUUGAUGAAGUGAGGCCAUUGUAUUGCGAAUCCAGCGCAUAUCCAAUAUUGCAUGGCUCUGCCCUGUUUUCGCGUGGGGAUACGCAGGUUUUAUGUACAGUUACCCUUGGUACUCCUGGUGAUGCUCAGCGAUUGGAUUCAAUUGUUGGCCCUCCAACAAAGCGUUUCAUGCUCCACUAUAGCUUUCCACCAUUUUCAAUAAAUGAAGUUGCUAAACGUGGGGGUUUGAAUCGACGGGAAGUUGGACAUGGCACUCUUGCAGAGAAAGCAUUGCUUGCUGUGCUUCCUCCAGAAAGUGAUUUUCCUUAUACUGUUCGGGUAAAUUCGGAAGUCAUGGCCUCUGAUGGUUCAACAUCAAUGGCAUCAGUAUGUGGAGGAAGCAUGGCUUUAAUGGAUGCUGGGAUACCUGUAAGGGAACAUGUUGCUGGUGUUUCAGUAGGUCUUGUCAGUCAAGUAGACCCAACGACUGGACAUAUUUCUAAUUAUCGCAUAUUAACGGAUAUUUUGGGCCUUGAAGAUCACUUGGGUGACAUGGACUUCAAAAUUGCAGGAACAAGGAAAGGUAUUACUGCUAUUCAGCUGGAUAUAAAACCUGCUGGAAUACCAUUGCAUAUAAUAUGUGAAAGUUUAGAGCCUGCACGAAAGGCUCGAAAUCAAAUCCUUGACUGCAUGGACCAGGAAAUAAGUACUGCACGUGCUAUUAAUGAUGGAAGUGCCCCUCGAUUAGCUACACUUAGCUUCAGCAGUGAUUCUCUUAGGAAAUUGCUUUUCCACAGGAAAAAAAUUGAGCAAGAAACAGGUGCACGGGUAUCAGUCAGUGAUGGUACAGUCACUAUUGUUGCUAAAACCCAACCAGUUAUGGAUAAAGCUAUCGAGAAGGUUGAAUUCCUUGUGGGCCGUGAAAUUGAAGUUGGCCGGACAUACAAAGGAAUUGUUUCCUCAAUCAAGGAGUAUGGCGCUUUUGUGGAGUUCAAUGGUGGACAACAAGGCCUACUUCAUAUUUCUGAGUUGUCACAUGAACCGGUAUCAAAAGUCUCAGAUGUUGUAUCUGUUGGCCAAAUGCUCUCUUUGAGAUGUAUUGGACAGGAUGUGAGGGGUAACAUUAAACUUUCACUUAAAUCAACCUUACCCCAUCUGUGUAACAAGAAGGAUUUGGAAAGUAAAGAUUCUGAUCCUUUGCCAAGACAAGAAGUUGUUGGUUGGGCUGCUGUAGAGAACAUGCCCAGCGUGGAUGCUGGUGCUGAGCCAUCCAGUAGCAAACAUGAAGAUGGCACUGCUGAGGAGGCACCUGCAUUUUCUACUCCUUCAGUUAUAAUUCGAAGCGCUGCUGACUGUGAUGCCCAAGACGUUGCGAAUGGUCGUAAGAAGCAGACAAUGGUUGCGAAGUCAUCUCCUAGGCCAUUUAAACCAGCCAGCGGACGUCAGGAGGUUAGGAUAGCUACAGCUAAGAAAGCCUCAGGCGCAUCAACUCCCAAGAAAACUAAGAAGGUAAAGGCUGAGAAAUCUGGGAGUAACGGGCUGGAAGCUAGUGUGUCAGAGGUUCCAGAACAGGAUGCUAGCAACACUCUGGACCUGGAGUAUUCGAGCCCCACAAAGUUCCGAACUGGGUCUAUGAAGUUGGGUGACGUAGUUACAGCAAAGGUCUACCAGGUCCGAGCCUAUGGACUAGUACUUGAGUUGAGUGAUGGAGUGCGCGGCAUGCAUAAAUUUGAGGCAAAUGGCCAAAAGGAUUUUGAGAUUGGGCAGGAACUGAUUGCGAAAUGUGCAAGUUUCAACGCGAAGGGAAUUCCGGUCUUCUCAUUGCUGGACUAGUACGUAGCCAUUUGGAAGUGGGUAAGGGCCUCUCGCUGGAGGAUUACACAGAACCUGUACAUGUGUAGCAGCUAGUCCAACUUGAGGAACAUGGGAAUUAGUUAAGCUCCCUCGACUUCUGUCAGAAGGCUAACAAAGUUUUGUUCUUUUGCGGCGGUUAUGAGCAUUGUUGUCCUGAUUUAUUGUUGCCCAUCGAGCAUGCAACCAUGCAUGGAGCGGAGGUAAAAUUUGGUCCAGCGAUUCAUAUGAAAGUGUAGAGCGUACGAGCGGUACUAUCACGUGGUAUCCAAAGCGUGCUGCAGCAUUUGUAUAUUAUUGACGUAAUGUUGCUUAUUUAUUGGUUGAAAUAAUCUGAACGAUCAGUACCAGUUGUAACACGCACUGAAGCAGUGUUAUGCCCGUC